AUGACCAGCAGGCUCCCACCCCUCCUCCUCGUUGCCUGCAUCCUCUCCUCCUCAUCGGCCGCUGGUCAGUCGCUCAACAGCACAGUGGGAGUGCUGUCGCCGGUGCUGGUCAAGACGUACGGGUCUGUGCCUCUCCUGGCGUUCAAGCAGGUCUCCAUGGCCUGCCUCAUCGCGCUCUAUCACGUCAACACUCGAGACCCUCAGAUCGUCGGCCAAGCCGUCGUCGACCGCCUGCCCCAGGGCUUCCGCAUCGACGUGAAGUUCAAAGACUCGCAGUUCGACGCAGCAGAGGCGCUCAAGGAAGUCUUGGCGUGGAGAGAGUCGUCGAGCAUCGAUGCGAUAGUGGGCCCGAUGACCUCGGACGGGUCGCAGGUCGUGAGCCUUGUGUCUGCUCUGCAGGGGACGCCGGUGACGAGCUUCGGGGCCUCUUCCACGCUUCUCUCGGACAAGCAGACGUACCCGCUCUUCUCGCGAACCAACCCUCUCAUCAUGCUGAAUGCCAUGGCGCUCAUCGAGGUAUGCCUCCGGUUCAAGUGGAAGCAGAUCGCGGUCCUGUGUGAGGACACAACCUACGGCAACGGCUUCCUGUCAAAUGUGCAGGAACAAGCCUCGUCCAAGGGCGUCGACUUGGUUCAAGUACAGAAGUUUGUGCCAGAAGGCUCCAAGUCCAUUGCUGCAGCCAUGAGCUCCCUGCAGAAGAGCCGCGCCAAGAUCUUCCUCUACCUCGGCAUCGGCGUACCCAACCUGGAGCUGGUGCUGACCUAUUCCAACAAGGAGGGGCUCUUGCAGGACGGACACGCGUGGGUGGCGGGGGAGAUAGGAGUGCCGAGUGCGGUGGUGGCAUCCAUGCAGCACAAGCAGCUGGCGGCGCUUCUCAAGGGCUGGAUACAGAUUCGCGUCGCUCCUUUGUACGGGAAGAAGCGAGACCUCCUUGAGACCGCUUUCAGGACGGUCGACCAGUCCAAGGUGAACAACUCCAUCAUCGGCAUGAAGCCCGCGGAGUACUCCAUGCCCUUGCCCGACUAUGCCUCCUUCGCUUACGAUGCCGCGUGGGCCACUGCGCUGGGGCUGGCCAAGACCAACGGCACGGGGGCGGCGCUUGCUCAUGCGAUCAGAAACUCCUCGUUCCCCGGGGCCUCGGGACUGGUGUCCUUCGACGCGUCGGGAGAUCGAGAGCCCAACGGGAUCGUCGUGACUAUCGAGAACAUCCAGCCGUCCUCAGCGAACGCGUCCGUGAUAGAGUCCGUCGUCAUCGGUACGUGGGAGGCCGCCCAGGCCUUCGCCGACGUUAGCGGACUGACUCCGCUGUGGCCUGGCGGAAGAAGCGGCUGGAAUCCGCCCAGUGACGGGUCGGGUCAAGGUCGUGACAAGCUGCUGACGAUCGUGCUGGCAGUCAGCGGAGGCUUCCUGGUACUUCUGCUGGCGAUCUCGGCGGCGUUCUACCGGCUUUACAAGGCGUCGCUCAGAAACAGAACGGCAGAGGAGACAGACUUGUCAAACAUGAUGAGUCGAGUCCGAGAAGCCUUGGGAGUCACCGUGAGCGCAGGGUACAUCUUGCCGAGCGAGAAGUCGUCUUCCAUCUUCAGCUGCUACAGGAGGUCGAGGGUCAUCGUCAUGGACAAGCGAAGCGUAGAGGCCGUGGCCAAGCUUGCGCUGGGCGAUGACUUUGCCAAGAACGACUUCGAGCGCUUCUACGACUUUGUCAAGUACAGAGCAGAUGUCGUUGCGGGCAGGUCGUUCGGAAUGAUAGCAGACGAGGAGUCCAUGAAGGCGGAGACGGACGCGCUAGACCUCGAGGCGCAGCAGGGGGGGGGGGGAGAUGACCGAGAUGAUGCAGCGACUGCACAGCCUCAUCCUCAUGGUGUGUCUUCGGAUCCUGAGCCCCUCGAGCUCGAGGAGCGAAGAGGAAGGCAGCGACAUGCUGUCGAGACAACGCACAGCUUGUACGAGGAUGAAGCUUUCACCCAGUACCUGAGCGGAGACUUCGAGCGAGCAUAUGAAUACUUCACCGGGCGUGUGCUGCGACUCAACGCUUGGCGAGACAACCCGCAGCUCCUGCCUCGCUUGAAGAAGCACAUCCAGCGGCUCAUGGACAAGCUCGCCCGCAUCAACGACAGAAGAUAUGAGUCCAUGAUGAAGGAAGCAGGAGGAGCUGAGCUCAAGGAGGUCGGGCAAGGCUUCGCCGACGCCUUGUUCUACCAGGAUGACCAUCAGGUGCGAGCGAUCAGAGUGGAGGAGGAAGACAGGAAGGAGUCCAGCCUGCACAAGAAACUAGAGACGUGGAGGCGGCUGAGCACGGGGAGCCUGAUGCUACGAGAGGAUGUCUUCAUAUCGCAACUCCACAGCCGUGCGGUGCUGCUCAACGACUCGUUCCAUAGCAAGCUAGUCGACGUCCUCAAGGCGCAUGCGGCCGAGUGUGAAGUCGAGAGACCCGCUGGAAGAGCCGCAGGCCAGGGGGCGAAGGGGGUCAGGAUCGCCUGCCAUUUCGAUGACGGAGUGCAUCCGAUCGAGUUCGUACCGGCUGCGGUGAAGAAGAAGCCGAGGAUGGCUGAGAAGGUGAUGGAGUACGCGGCGGCGGAGGAGGAGGAUGCUGGCUGGCCUUACAGCCGUCGCGUUCUUGACCCGGUGCGAGCAAGCGUCAUCUGCAACCGCCCGAGCCACAUGGCGCAAGUGUAUCGCUGGCUGACGUCGCAAGGCAAGACCGGCAUGCGCGUGUGCCGGGUGAAGAACAAGCUGAGCCUCGAGGAGGCGCCCGACGGGUACCGAGACAUCAUGGUGUGCCUGCUGUUUGAAGGCGAAGACAGAUUGAGGAGUUGUGAGGAAGUUGAAGUUGUUGUGGGAAAUUAG